AUGGCCUUUUUUGCGAGCAAGAACAAGAAGGCGUUGGUGUCGAUGAUCGCCGUUGUCGCCGCGUUGGCAGUUUUGGCUCCGACGAUGACUUCCGCAAAGCAAUACGUGGUGGGAGAUGGAGAGGGUUGGACCAAGGGCUUCGAUUACUCCGCUUGGACCGCCGGCAAGCAGUUCUUCGUUGGCGACUCCCUGGUGUUCAACUACAGCCAAGGGAGGCACAACGUGUUCAAAGUGAACGGGACAGAAUUCAAGCAGUGCUUAAAGCCACUUGUUGGGUCUCCAUUUACCACAGGGAAGGAUGAGAUUGAACUCGAAACUGCCGGGAGGAAAUGGUACAUCUGCGGCGUCUCCGGCCACUGCAGCGCCGGUCAGAAGCUAUUCAUCAAUGUCCUCGAAGGAUCUGCCGCUCCGGCACCGACACCAGUCUCGCCAUAA